AUGUCAUCCUCCCAGCAGCAGUCCGUCCCAAGGAUUAGACGGGUUCGAGAGCUGCAAGCGUACAAGGACUGGGUCGAGGCAGGGGGAUUAGAAAGAUUUGCAAUAGAGCAUAAUGUCAAACCAGACUUCGCUGACCGUCUUUGCGACGUCACGCCGGACGUAGCCAUCGCGUUUUACCUCAAGCUCGCGACUAUACCUGGCCUAGAAACUACAAUGGCACCCCCGAGCAACGAAGUGUAUGCCCCCGCCUCAUAUGGGCUACAAAUCAUACAAGACAUGGAGAACGGAUGGAGCAGCGAGGAUGAGACGGAUGAUAAGAAGGCCAAGGAACAGAAAGGCGGAGAGAGCAAGGACAUCAAGGACGAAACCGAUGAGGACUUCUUGUUCCUCGCAGUUUUGAGCAGCCUGAGGAAACGAGGCGCGCCCAGUUCAGCACUGAGUAGCCUGGCAAAGCGCUACAAGGAGGCAUGA